AUGGCGGAUUCCCAAACAAAAUGGACUGCCCCGGCCGUCAGAAAGCAGUUCUUGGAGUUCUUUGAGAAAAAGGGUCACACUAUUGUGCCCUCAUCCUCGGUCGUCCCCCACAAUGACCCUACCCUCCUCUUCACAAAUGCUGGGAUGAACCAGUUCAAACCAAUUUUCUUGGGUACCGUUGGCAAGACGGAUGGCAUGGCAAAAUUGAAGAGAGCGGUGGAUACGCAGAAGUGUAUUCGCGCGGGAGGAAAGCAUAAUGAUCUUGACGAUGUUGGAAAGGACAGCUACCAUCAUACUUUCUUUGAGAUGUUGGGCAACUGGUCCUUCGGCGACUAUUUCAAGGAGGAGGCUAUCACUAUGUCCUGGGAGCUUCUUACAAAGAUUUACGGGCUGGAUCCGGAACGCAUAUAUGUCUCCUACUUCGAAGGCGAUCCCGCCACUGGCCUAGAACCAGAUCUAGAGGCCAAGGAGUUGUGGAAAAAGGUCGGCGUGGCGGAUGACCAUAUAUUACCAGGAAAUAUGCAGGAUAACUUCUGGGAAAUGGGUGAUCAAGGACCAUGCGGCCCGUGUAGCGAAGUUCACUACGACAGAAUAGGUGGAAGAAACGCCGCUCAUCUUGUCAACCAAGAUGACCCGAACGUCCUCGAGAUUUGGAACAACGUCUUCAUUCAGUUCGACAGACAAAAAGACAGGUCUCUGAGGUCACUGCCGGCGAAGCAUGUUGAUACUGGUAUGGGGUACGAGCGAUUGGUGUCGGUCUUACAAAACAAGUCAUCCAACUAUGAUACGGAUGUUUUCUCUCCCUUAUUUGCCCGGAUACAAGAGGUUACAGGAGCUAGAAACUACACGGACAAGUAUGGCAAGGAUGAUGUUGAUGGCAUCGAUACUGCAUAUCGUGUUAUUGCCGAUCACAUUCGUCUAUUGACAUUCGCCAUAUCUGAUGGAGGUGUACCCAACAAUGAAGGAAGAGGUUACGUUGUCCGACGUGUCCUACGGCGGGGAUCACGCUUUGCUCGAAAAUAUUUCAAUGCCGAGAUUGGGAGCUUCUUCUCCCAGAUUCUUCCAGCUCUUGUCGAGCAAAUGGGAGAGCAGUUCCCCGAAAUUGUGAAGAAGCAGCAGGACGUCAAGGAAAUUUUGGACGAGGAAGAGGAGGCCUUUGCCAGAACCUUAGAUCGUGGCGAGAAGAUGUUCGAGAAAUACGCUGCUCAAGCCAUCAAGAACAAUACGAAAAAGCUUUCUGGUGCUGAUGUUUGGCGUCUGUACGAUACAUUCGGAUUUCCUGAGGAUCUAACCAAGAUUAUGGCAGAAGAGAGAGGCCUAGAGACUGACGAUGCUGAGAUUGAAAUCGCCAAGUUAAAGGCUCGCGAGGCAAGCAAAUCUGUCAAGGAGGCGGCCCAUACCUUCGCAAAAUUAGACGUCCAUCAAAUUGCCGAAUUGGACAAGAUUGGAGUUCCGAGACCAAACGACGAGGGUAAAUUCCAUAAGGGCUACACUACCGCCAAGGUUCAAUUGAUUUAUGAUGGCAAGGAGUUCACGAAGUCCACGGCAGAUCUUCCAUCCGAUAAACCAUUUGGCAUUUUGGUAGACAAGACAAACUUUUACGCAGAGGCAGGAGGCCAAGUUGCUGAUACUGGCAAGAUCAUCAUUGAUGACGUUGCCGAGUUCAAGGUUUUGGAUGUCCAGGCGUAUGGUGGAUAUAUCAUUCACAAUGGUUACCUCGAAUACGGCCAGUUGAAGGCAGGAGAUGAGGUAAUCUGCGAGUACGAUGAAUUGAGGAGGCAACCUAUCCGCAACAAUCACACUGGAACCCACAUUCUCAAUCACUCACUACGAGAGCACCUUGGUGAUGAUAUCACUCAAAAGGGAUCUCUUGUCGACGCCGACAAGUUACGUUUUGACUUCUCGCACAAGGCUCAGGUAACUCUUCAAGAACUCAAGAAGAUCGAGGACUCAUCAAAUUCGUACAUCAAACAGAAUUGCAAGAUAUAUUCAAAGGAUGUAGAUCUUGAUGUUGCUAGAGGAAUCGAAGGUGUUCGCGCUGUAUUCGGAGAGGCUUAUCCAAAUCCGGUUAGAGUCAUCUCCGUUGGAGUUGACGUGGAUACUCUCCUUGCAGAGCCUCGAAACCCGGAAUGGCGAAAGGUCAGUGUAGAAUUCUGCGGUGGUACGCAUGUAGAUCAGACUGGCUUGAUCAAAGAUCUUGUAAUCGUUGAAGAGAGCGGUAUCGCAAAGGGUAUCCGACGAAUCAUUGCCUAUACCGGUGAUGCUGCUCACGAAGUUCAACGACAGGCUGUUGAAUUUGGCAAGCGUAUCGCGGCUGUAGACGAGAUGCCUAAUGGCCCUGAGAAGGAGGCUGCAGUUAAGGCGACUCAACAAGAUUUGAGCCAACUGACAGUUUCGACCUUGACGAAGGAGGAAUUGAAGAAGCAGUUUGCUAAAGUGCAAAAAGAUGUUUUGGAUGAGCAAAAGAAGAAGCAAAAGGCCGAGUCGAAGACCGCCUUGGAUACCGUCACAGGACAUUUCGCGCUUCCCGACAACAAGGAUAGCAAGGUGUACAUCGGCAAACUGCCCAUUGGUGCAAACUCAAAGGCCAUUGCUGAUGUCAUGAAUCACUUCAAGUCGAAGGCAAAGGACAAGACUGUUUAUUUGUUUGGCGGCAGCGAGUCUGAUGGUGCUGUUGUGCACGGAGUUUAUGUUGGCACUGAACAUUCAUCUAAAGGAGUUACUGCUGAGCACUGGGCCGCUGCAGUCUCGGAAGUAGUAGGAGGGCGAUCAGGAGGCAAGGAGCCAACGAGAACCGGCCAAGGGACCAACCCCGAGAGGAUUGAGGAAGCCGUUGCUGUCGCUGAGAAGUGGUUUGCGGAGAAGCUCAAGAUCUAA